UAGUAACGAAUAGUCGAAUGUCAAUCACGAGCACCGCACUGGACUACAUUAUUCCAGGUUAGAGUCAUUUUAUAUAAAAAAUGUUAACAAUUGUGCGUGGAGUAUCGAAUAUACUUACAAAAAUUGCCUUUUCCACUCCAAGGACUGCUGCUUCAUAUCAUACAACAUGUAAAUUACCUUGUGCACAUACAGAACAGUCAACUGCUGACACUAAUGAAGCCGAUUCUGAGGAGCUUUCAGCUGCUCAACAAAAACUAAUUAAAAACGAUCGUUCGAAAGCGAUACCAGUGGAAACAUCAAUACGUUAUUUAAACAGUGAAGCAUAUAAAACUACAUACGGCACACGGUUCGUAUGGGAGGAAUACAGACGUAAUCAUAAAGGUCUCUUUGCUCCAAAGAAAACGCGAAAAACUUGCAUACGUCAAGGUGCAAUAUCCACGGGAAACCCUUGUCCUAUUUGCAGAGAUGAAUAUCUAAUACUAGAUCAUCGUAAUUUAGAACUAAUAAAACAAUUUAUUUCGCCACAUACCGGCGAAGUGCUCAGCUAUUCAAAAACUGGAUUGUGCCAGAAAAAACAUUUAGAAUUGUUGGUUGCAUUUGAAAGAGCAAAGGACUACGGCUUAAUUGCUUUCGAUGUACCUUUCCGCGAGUACGACUACAGUGAAUAUUACAGCAAACAAUAAAUAAAUAUCAACGUUAAUUGAAAUUUGUGUAUAAUUAAGUUAAAGUUAAGUACAAUAAGUUGCAGUAAGUAAUGGAAGAG